CGCUGUGAGACCGAGGCUGCGUCCCCGCCAUGGCGGCUCCCGCGGAGCCCCCCGCGCCGGAGCCCGAGGCCGGGCCCGACCCCGCGCCCGCCGGCCCCGCGCCCACCCAGCCGCCCGCCGCUGAGCCCGCCCCGCGGUCAUGUAGCCAAUGAAGAUGGGCCUUGUGGUGCUCGUCCGGAACCUGCUGCUCACCCUGUGCCUCUGCCUGGUGCUGGGCUUCAUGUACUACGCUGCCUGGAAGCUGCACCUUCUCCGAUGGGAAGACCCCAAUUCAGGGGCUCUUUCCUUUGACUCCGUUGGACGGACACUAGGCUCAGAGUAUGAUCGAUUGGGUUUUCUCCUGAAAUUGGAUUCAAAACUGCCUGCAGAGUUAGCGACCAAGUAUGCCAACUUGUCAGAUGGGGCUUGCAAGCCUGGCUACGCAUCUGCCCUGAUGACGGCCAUCUUCCCCAAAUUCUCCAGGCCUGCCCCCAUGUUCUUGGAUGACUCCUUCCGCAAGUGGGCCCGCAUCCGAGACUUCGUGCCACCCUUUGGAAUUAAAGGACAAGAUAACCUGAUCAAAGCCAUCCUGUCAGCCACCAAAGAGUACCGCCUCACACCUGCCCUGGACAGCCUCAGCUGCCAGCGCUGCAUCAUCAUAGGGAACGGAGGCGUCCUUGCCAACAAGUCCCUGGGAGCCCGGCAUCGACACUAUGACAUUGUGGUCAGGCUGAACUCAGCACCGGUGAAGGGCUUGAGAAGGAUGUUGGGGGCAAGACCCACCCUGCGCAGCACUUACCCUGAGGGUGCUAUGCAGCGACCAGAGGAGUAUGAGAAGGACUCGCUCUUUGUCCUGGCUGGCUUCAAGUGGCAAGACUUCAAGUGGCUCAAGUACAUCGUCUACAAGGAAAAAGUGAGUGCUUCAGAUGGUUUCUGGAAGUCAGUCGCCACCCGAGUGCCCAAGGAGCCACCAGAGAUACGAAUCCUCAAUCCCUACUUCAUCCAGGAGGCAGCCUUCAGUUUCAUUGGACUCCCCUUCAACCACGGCCUAAUGGGCCGGGGGAACAUCCCUACUCUGGGCACCGUGGCUGUCACCAUGGCCUUGCACAGCUGUGACCAGGUGGCGGUGGCCGGCUUUGGCUAUGACAUGAGCUCACCCAAUGCCCCCCUUCAUUACUACGAGUCUGUUCGCAUGGCAGCCAUCAAGGAGUCCUGGACACACAACAUCCAGCGAGAGAAGGAGUUCCUUCGGAAGCUGGUGAAGGCCCAUGUCAUCACUGACCUCACCAGCGGCAUCUGAAGGGCCCAGGACUUGGCACUCAAAGCCCCAGCCUCCACAGGAUGCCAGACCCAACCUGUGAUGGGAGAGCCACCUUCAUUUUCAUUGGACCCCCGGAUGGACAAGGAGCCUCUGGGUGGGCAAGUGCCAAGGGGCCCGUGAGAGCAGGAGCAGCUGCCCGGCCAAGGGCCACCAGUGCCAGUCUCCACCCGCCCAGCUUCCUUCCAUGGAGGCAUGGCCUCCUGUGAGAAACACUCACCCCAGACUGGGGUCCUAGGGAACCUUCCCAGGACUGGGGGGCUCUUCCCAGGACUGGGGGGCUCUGCCUAGAACUGAUGAACCUGCCCGGGACUGGGGGGCCCUGUCCAGGACUGGGGGACUCUGCCCAGGACUGAGGAACCUGCCUGGGACUGAGGAACCUGUCCGGGACUGGGGGGCCCUGCCUGAUGCUGAGGGCCCUAGGUGGACUGGGGGGCCCUGACUGGCUGGCUGGCAGGGUCUGGCCUCCAGGGCCUCUGGGAGCGUCUCUUCCCUCAGUGUUUGCUGUAUUUUAUUUUAUUUUAUUUUGUCGAUGCUGAGUGGGGUGGGGAGGGAGGGAAGGGGAUAAUUUAUUUUUUAAAUAAGGAUGAAGACAUGAAGUCUGGUCAAUGUUUGGCAAGGAGAGGAAAGCCGGGAAUGUCCCUGGGCUGCCCCCGGUGGGGGCGGGGAACAGCAGAAGGGGUCUGAGGAGCUGGGGGUGGGGUGUCUGCCGCUCCCAGCCCUGCCCCUGGCAGAAGGUGCGGCUUAGAGCCAGCCAGGGGAGGGGAGAGGGGGACAGAGAGAGUGGUCUGCCCGUCCUCCCCUAACUCUCCUGAACCCUUGGGGCCUUGCAAGGCCCAGAGAGGAGGCCUGAGCCCUCUGCCGCAGCAGUGGUGGUGAUGGUGACAGUGGGUGCAGUGGCCCCUGCCUCCUUGGUGCUCUGAGGACCUUCAAGACUUGGGGUCUGAGGGGAUGUAUCUGGUCUCCCCUGAGGCCCCGAGCUGCUGCUGCUGCUGCUGCUGCUGCUGCGUCGUAGGGUCCAGGCCAAGAUGAGCAGGGGCCUGUGGGGCCUGCGCUACCCCUUCUUCAGGGCCGGAGGAGCCAUAAAACCGGCAGCCUUCUGGCCUGGGUCUCUUCCUCGCCUUUUCCCCUGGUGGGCUCUGAGGCCGAUGUCUGCUUGUCCCAGUCAUAUCUCAUCAGCUCCUUCCAUGAGCCCAGCCCAGCCCACCUCGGAGAGCCUUCAGGGCGGGCACCCAGGCCGCAUGCAGCGGCCCCCCCCCCAGCUCUACCAGCAGCCCCGUGGAGCCCCUUUGGGCCAGCCUGCCCACUGUCUCUCCCCAUCAGACUCCCUGAACGGGGUCAGGCUCUCCUGGAACUCAGGAUGUGCCUUCAGGUCAGUGAACCGCAAAGCCCCAUUUGGCUUUUCCCUGGAGACACAAACUAGCAGCUUUCCAUCUGGCCUGGCUUUGAGCUUCCUUGCCCCUGGCACCUGGGGCCUCCCCAGACCCUGUGCUAGAUCUCUCCAGAAAUCUGAGGUCCCCACGGCCACACUGGGAGUCACUGCUGUCAAAGCUUCUGGGUGUGUGUGGGGGGCGCCUUAGCCCCUGCCUGGGCUCUGGCCUGGGGGAGGAAACAGCCACUGGCCUUCCCUUCCAGCAGUUCCCAAAGCAGGGGCUGCUAUUGGGUGCCUGCCUCAGGGAGGGGUGGGGUCCUGUCCCUCUGGCUCUGGGUGGGAUGGGGCCCCCUCCCUGGGGCCCCAGCCUAGUGUAGUGAGUGACUGCAGAAUUUGGGGCUCUUUUAGGUGCCUCUCCAUGGGGCCCUGAGAUUGUGCCUCAGGAGGAAGCUGGGGUGCGUUCCUACCAAGGAGAGCAGCCAAGAGGGGCCCUUAUAACCUGGAUACUUGGUGUCCCUGAGGAUGCAACCCAGAGGGGUGAGUGCCUGAAGACAGGCAGUCACAGGCAAUGCCCCUUCUUCUUUUAGGAGCAUAGGAUGGCAGCAAAGGGGCAGAGGGCAGGGUUGGGCAGGGCCUUAGGCCAGAGCUUUUCCUCCUUGGCAGAGCAGAGCCCAGCCCUGAGGACCAUAGUGCCUCAUCCCAGAGAGCCUCAAUCCCCAGAAAGCCCUGGGGCCACCCCACAGUAUAGGGGACCAGGCCCUGGCCUGCUGGAGAUGGCCAUUCAGCACCCCCAUGCAGGGGAACGCAUAGCUCCCCUCCGCCCCUCCACGGUGCUCUCACUACCUCUCAGGCAGUGCCCAGCGCACAGUAGGCAAUCAGCUCAAUCUCAGUUUGCUAUAUCAUGUCACUCUCUCCCUGGGCAGCCUGUUUGCUCUUGGACAGUGCUCACUCUUAGGGGAGAAAGUUCCAUCGAGUCCCGCCUCCCCCUGUACAAUCUAAGGGCUGCUCCACCUGGCGAACACUGCAGGCACUUGCUAACUGGCAACUGAAAUCUCGGCCGGCCACGGAGAAAGGGGACCCCUCCCUGCCCCCAUCCUCCUGGGCCUUCAGGAGGCUAGUGAUCUCAUCGGGAGGGAGGGGCUGCUGGGCAUCCCAGUGCACAGAAGGAGGGCCGGAAUCACAGUCACCGGGUCCUGUCUCAGUCACUUACUAGCUGUGGGACUGGUGGCCAGUUACCCUCUCUGAGCCUCCAUUUCCUUAUUUGUAAAAUGGGGGUAACCCUAGCACCCACCUCCUAGGGGCAUUGGGAGAUGCUGUUUGUAAAGCCCUUGGCCCAGUGCCUGGCACAUAGUAGGAGCUUAAUAAAUGCUGGUUUCCAUCCUUCCUUCCUUGAUGUAUCACAACGAUUUGAGAAGCAUUGGGGUCGAAAGGGUCGCAAACAGCCAAAGACCAGGAGGAGUCUCUUCUUUGACUCCUGCUCUGUAAGGGAGCAGACAACAAAACAGGGAGAGUUAAGUUCCCCACUUGGGUACUUCCACUCACAGCUUUCAUAGUUCACUAUCCAAAGCAGCAGCAACAGCCUUGGAAAAAUCCCUGGGACCUGUGAGGGGAGGGCAGGGGAAUAGAACAAUGACCCCAUGCCAGGACAUGCCCCUCUAACCACCCGCCCCCCUCCCCAGCCUCCCUGGUAACCCAUGGAUUCCCUCGGUCUCUUUGUUUAAAAGGAAAUUUAAACAAGUUUAGAUUUUUUAAAUCUUCUGUUUUAAUCGGCCAGAAUGGGCUUUCUUCCCUGCCUCUCCACCACAACGGAAAACGUGAGAAAAAUAAAAACCCAUUACAAGCACACAGAGCUAAUCAAAACGAACUUCCAUAUUGGCUGUGUCCCAAAAUGCAUUUGUCUUGUUCUACGUUCUGAGUCCUUCAACCUCUCUAAGUGAGGAGGUGGGUGACAGGUUUCAUCAUUCUUCCUCUGGAGUCCUGCUUAGUCAUCACACUGAUAAGAGAGUAUUUAUUAUCUCAAUAGUAUAUCCCCUCAAAGUUAUCUACCACACCUUUUUCAUCCAUUCUCCAAUUUGUGGGCACCCCCUCAGAUUCCCAUUCUUUGCUACUUCAAAACUAUCGCUAUUUUUGCACCUUAAAAUUUGUUUUGCUUAGGACUAAUCCCUUCCUUAAUCUAACCUCCUACUCACCCUUUCUCCCAGUUCUCUCUUAUUUCCCUAUAGAAUGAAAUGCAUUUCUGUAUCCAACAACGUGUGUGCAUAUUCUUCCUUUUUCUGACCAGUUCAGAAUGCGGUAACAGUCAUGUCUCAUCCAUUCCCCUCCCCCCUUAAUUGUAAGGAUAUCCAAUGGCAAGCCU